AUGGAAGCCCCUAAUCCACCCUCCGCAGUCGUGCCAUUCCAGCCAGCGACCAGCAGCCGUCCCAGGCCUGCGUGUGGGCGUGGAGAAGGGGUCUUCCAAAUAUCUAACGCAGGCAAGUAUGAUUCUAUUUCACACUUGACAAGAUCUGAUCUGCCUAUCGCUUCCAGCAUUUCCUCGUUACCGCCUACCAUAUCUCAUCCACCAUCUGUUACGACCGAGCUAAGACGUCCUUUGGUCAAUGUACGAAACGAACGAAAGUUACGCAUCUUUUACCAAAAUGUUCGUGGACUCCGGACAAAAAUCGACACUUUCUUUCUUGCUGCUUCCGACUCUGAGUACGAUGUUAUCGUUCUCACUGAAACAUGGCUGGACGAUUGCAUUUUAUCUCCGCAGCUUUUUAGCAGUUCAUUCACUGUAUUUCGAAUGGAUCGCAGUAGGGUGAAUAGUCGAAAAUCGCGUGGUGGUGGAGUUUUGAUUGCCGUUUCCUCCAGGCACUGCUGCUGCAUAGACCCAGCACCGAUUAGUAACACGCUUGGGCAACUGUGGGUAAAAAUCCAACUGGAUAGGUCAUCCGUAAGCAUUGGAGUAUUGUAUCUGCCCCCUGAUCGUCGAAAUGAUCUUGAUGCUAUUCAGAAACAUGCUGACUCAAUUGGAUCCGUUCUAUCCCAUCUGAAUCCCCUCGACAUUGCUGUUCUUUUUGGGGAUUAUAACCACCGAGAGCAAUAUUGGGUACCUUCGGAAAGCAGUGGCCUUGUUGUUGAUACAAGUAGAUCACGUUUAACCGCAGCUGGUAGUGCUCUGUACGACGCAUUCAGUUUUAACGGUUUGACGCAAACAAAUCCAGUCAAAAACGCUCGUGCUAGAACUCUCGACCUAGUGCUGGUGAACGAGCCAGCGCUUCAAAACCUUUCUGUGAUGGAGGCCGACGAUCCUAUGGUGAGAAUUGACCCGGAUCAUCCCGCUCUGGAUGUGACUGUGACGGAAGUAGUGCCUAUUGCUCAUGAAUUAACUCCACAACAUCGGGGAUUAAAUCUUAGGAAUGUUGAUUACGAUGUGUUGAACGAAGCGUUAUCAGCAAUUGACUGGCAAUUCAUCGAUUUGCAAGAGGAUCUGACGGACAUUGUCGACAUGUUUACCGCAACGAUUCGAACAGUAAUUGAAACUCAUGUUCCACUACAACGACCGCCGAUGAAACCUGCUUGGGCUAAUCGACAUCUCCGUGAGCUGAAGCGCCGUAGAAAAGCUGCUCAACGAAACUAUCAAACAAAUCGCACGUUUCUAGCAAAGCAACGGUUUAAACUCGCAAGCAACACAUACAAAUUUUACAAUCAAUUCCUGUACUCUCGUUACAUUGAGCGAACUCAAAAAAGCUUACGUCGACAUCCAAAAAAGUUCUGGUCAUUUGUUCGUUCUAAACGAAAGGAAAAUGGAUUACCAGCUUCCAUGUUCCUCGGUGAUUUGUCUGCUAGCACAGCUUCUUCUAAAUACGAAUUAUUUGCUGAGCAUUCUAAAGCCGCUUUUUCGUCUUUAGUUGCUACGCCAGAUCAGAAUGAUGCUGCAACCUGCGAUACUACGCAGGAGAGUUUCGAUUGUGGAGUUUUCAAGUGA